CCACCGCCCGAACGAACCCAAGCAUUUUUCGCAUGCGAUUGAGAUUUUCCCAUGUGCCGUGGGUCAUGUCAUUUUGAGUCGAGUAUUUCCCGCCACCGCUCGUCUCCCUCCUCCCCUUCACUCCUCCCUCCACCUGUCCCCCCUCGGCAAUGUUAUUCCCGCCCACACAAAUCCUCCCGUCGCUAAACCUGACAGCGCUCAGCGGCGUAACGGGAAGCAUCAGCAUCGCGUGCUGGAUCGUCGUGUUCACGCCACAGAUCCUGCAGAACUUCCGGCGCGGCUCCGGCGACGGCCUCAGCCUGGUCUUCCUUGUCAUAUGGCUGCUCGGCGAUCUGUUCAAUAUCGUCGGUGCUGUGGUCCAGGGGGUUUUGCCGACUAUGAUUAUCCUCGCGGCGUAUUAUACACUCGCCGAUAUCGUCCUGCUGGGACAGUGUCUUUACUACCAGCGGCGGAACUCCAAUUCUACUUCUACACUCGGCGAGAGUGAGGAGGGUGAGGAGGACCCACUCUUCGCCGCCAAAGACGACGAGGACGACGAGCUGCACCUUCUCACGGCAGCACCACAGCAGGCGCUCUGGAAAUCCGUACUGGUCAACACUCUUGCCGUGCUAGUAGUGGUGCUCGCGGGGGUACUCGGCUACCUUUUAUCCCCAUCCACCCCCUCCUCCCCGCCGCACGGCCACAUCUCAUUCUCGCCGCUCGGCCAAGCCUCGGGCUACCUGUGCGCAUUCCUCUACCUCGCCUCACGGAUCCCGCAGAUCCUUUUGAACCACCAGCGGCGGUCAUGCGAGGGCGUCAGCGUGCUGUUUUUCAUGUUCGCGGUGAUCGGGAAUGCAACGUAUGUGCUGAGCAUUCUGGCCAAUGUCGAUGGUGGCGGCGAGGACGGGAGGGAUUAUGGACGGUACGUCGCCGUAAAUGCGUCCUGGCUGCUGGGCAGUGCCGGAACGUUGUUGCUGGAUUUGGUCAUUUUUGCGCAGUUUUGGUGGUAUAAGGAGAAUGGCGAGGGGCUGGCGGGGAUUGUGGAGGAGGAGGAUGAGGAGGAGGAGGAUGUUUGAACUUUGGUAGGAUACUUGUGUACAAGUAGAGGGGG